AAACUGUUUAAUUGGUAUGCAUGUCAAAAAAUUCGCUGUAUUGGUAGAAUCAGUACGAAUGGUCUUUCUAAGUAUGUAUGAGAUGUAAAGCUCCGAAGUAUACCUUAAUAAGGUCGAAGCAUUAUGAUCGCAUAACGAGUGAUGUGAGCAGAGUGAUUGAAAGAAACGUAAAGAAAGAACAGCGAAUACAAUUGCUGGAGGAAGAAACUAUGCCGAGGGCACCGACUUUUCUAACCCCUUACCUGGCACCUGUUCACGAUGCACCGGAGAAGCCCGAGGCGUGACAGCAGAUUCAACCUGGCAACGUGCACUUGCUUGUAGCUGUCCGGUACAUUGCCAAGUGGCUGUAUUUUUUCUGACAGCUGACAUCGUGUACCCGUGCUUUAUGGUAUAACGGUUACAACGUUUGUGCCCGAGCGUGCUAGUGAAAUUUCAAAGUGUCCGCUUUUCAUCCUCGAACACUCGUUUUUCGUGGUAAACAAAGCGAUCAGGCAACGACUUGGAAACCGGCCGCCGAUUACAACCACGGCGUCAAGUGAAACGAUGCGUGCAAACAAUAACAUUCCCGUCGGCUUGUUAUUAAACCGUUGUUCGAGGAUAUAACACGACACCCAACAAAGCUGUCCGUCGUGGAUUUUCUAACCAGUCGAGUUUCGAUCGGGAAAGUGUCGAAGACAAACGGCCAUGGAGCAGAAAUUUUAAGCGAUUUUUACGCUGAUAUUCUCGCGUGAUAAACGGAACGCGGUGCGGCAAAAUGACGAAGGACCGUUCAAAGCUGCCGAUGGAAUUAAUAUAGGAUGCAGGGACGACAGGAUUCCAGUUGCACCGGUUAAAAUGAAUCGUAGGGAGGACCCGCUGUUGCGGCAGCAUCGCAGCCGUUUGCUGCAAUUAGCCGAGGCGACAAACAUCAAGCCUGGCCGUGGCAGCGGGAAAAGACGAGGCCAGAGGCAGUCGCACGGUUUCGGACCCAGUAAUGGCGGACCCAGCGGCGGUCGUGUGACCCUCCAGGAUAUCGUGAGAAGCGAUCCUGGAUACACGCCAAAUAUCGAACAUUUAGUUUUCCCGGAGCGCAAAAGCAGCAAUCCAAAUUUGGCUAAAACGACCGAUGAAUCCCCGUCGAAUAAGUCGAAGCCGAACGCCACUGGCUCGGGAAGAUCCAGACUCGCUGAGGUGUUCUCCAGACAUUACUCUAGGGGAUCCUCGCAGGACUCGUCGGUUACGUCCAGGAAGAAUCAUUUAAACAGCACAUCAUUGGACAGCGGAGCCACGGUGUCCCAUCAGGCAACCGGGUCCAGCAGCGGUGCCACGGUGGUGACGAGAACCGGAGGUCGUCGUUGGUUGUCGCAGAGCUCGCAAUCCUCCAGGCAACAUUCGGCCGAGGACGGGGUGCGCGGGGGCAACGUGGGCGUCAUAGGGCCCGUUUCGACCUCGUCCUCGAGUCAGGCCCCUGCUCCCACCCUGCCACCUCGAAGAGUCAGUCCGGCGGACUCUACGGACAUCUCGAAUACGGCCACUGGCUCCCGCGGCGACAGGGGCCCGAACGUGUCGAUUCUGCACUUACGCGGUACUUCUGAUCCUUGGGAAGUUGGUUCCCAAGGUUCCACGUAUAGCGUCGGCAGCAAUAAAAGCCAAACUGGUGGCAAAGGGAAAUCGAGUGGAAAUACACGGGGUUCGUACACGCGUGGCACUUCGAUACCAUCCCUAAAACGUCACGAUACGACGGCAUCGGCUUCGUCGACUUCCAGUUUGAAACAGCAUCGACAAGAUAGCCACGGACAGGUGACAAGUUCCCGCCGCCGGGAGUCCUCGAAUUCGUUCCUGUCGAGCAACAGCGGCACUUCCGGCGAGUUGUUCAUCAGCGGCGACUGCAGCCGAGAACUGUCGCCGGUGAGAUGGUGCGACAGAGAGGUGGAUGGAGUGUAUCUGGGUCGAUCCGGUUGGGUUCAAGUGCAGCAAAGGUCCCUGGACGAGAAUCGGCGAAUAAACUACGAGAGUAGCCUGGUUACUGCGACCACCGGUACUCUUCCGUUACCGCGACGUGCCACGGUCAAAUUGGCCGAUUAUCAUUGCAACAGCGAGCCAGGAAAAUGUCCCGAGGAGUUUCUACGUUUAGACAGCCAGAGGCCGGAUUAUCUAGCUCUACAUGGCCAGGAUUUCGAUUCCGUGGCGAGUAGCACCUGCACCUCUCCUCACAGUAUCCCGGAGUCUUAUUCGCCGCCGUCGAUCACGCCGAUUAUUUCACCUCCGCCGGCUUUCCAAGACGUGAUCGGCAAGAAAUCAUCGUCGAAGCACUCCUCUGGCCGCAAUAAUUACGGAAAGGCUCCAUUUUUGCCGCGAUCGAACGCCAUCGUGGACAGCGACAUCAUAAGCCCUCCUCCCUCGCCGCCGCGUCAAAUGACUUGGAGCUCUUUGCCGUCUUCCUCUCGAAAGUCAUCCAGCGCUCCGUCCAGAUCACGGAGACAGAACACGGCUAAUCAACAACAACAGCAACAGCAACAACAACAGCAGCAACAGCAACAGCAACAGUAUCGGAUGGCACAAGCUAAAUCGCUAGAGGAUCAGUCGUCCACGAGGCGAUCGCAAUUUGUUCAACGCUAUCUAGAGUCGUCGAGUUCCUCCUCGUCUUCGGUCGGUUUUCGAAGUCUGGACAGUUGCGUGACGAGGUCGACGAUGCCCAGAUUAGCCGAGAACACGGAUUCGUCCGUGGAGGGUUACGACGACGGCGACGACGAGGACGACAAUCCUAGCUCCUCGUUGAACCUCAGCCUUGUAUCUUCCUCGAUCAUCGCACUGAAUUCGUCCAACGAAUCGAUACGCGCUAACGGAGAGAGAAUUUCACCGAACAGGCAGACCAGACAUCAUCGAAGCCAACAGGGAUUGAGACGGUCGCCUGGUUCCUCGGAAUCUGGAAAGUUAUCGUUCAAUUCGCCGUCGUCUUCCUCUUCGUCCUCGAGCAGCGCCGAGAGACAAGGAAGAUCGCCUACCCCGAAUCCUUUCAGGCGAGGAAACGCUACGAGGCAACAUCAGAGCGCCAGAACGACCCAAGCGUCCCCGGAAUCUCAUCAGUCGAGAGUAAGAAGAUCUAGAAGUCUUCAGUUACCGGAGAAGAGGUCUCCCGGUGCAGCGGCUCCGAGCAGGGAACACUCGAGGGAAUCUAACGAGCCGCAUAGAGUCGUUGUUAAAAUUUCCAGCGACCGGGCCAACGAGAGGAAACGUCACAUUCUUCAGAAUAAUAUCUCGCUCCUGUCACCAGAACGUUUCGUUGAUGCAUAUUUCCCAGGAAAAGCUCAAUCGACGGAGGACGCGUUGAACGAGGAGCUUCUUCGCGAAACGGAAACGGUUACCGAGUACCUGUACGGCACAAGAAGUCGCGUGGUAUCCAGGAGUAUUCUGCCCAGCCGUUUCGAGCGUCGAGAGGAUAGCCAAGAGCAGCGGCAAAGAAACAACCUGGCCACUUACGACGUUUACUUCAUCUCGUCGAAACAGCAGCAGCAACAGACUUCAAAAUCGUCGGGUCAGUCGAUGCAACAGUCGCAACAGCAGCAGCAGGCGCAGCAGCAGCAGCAGCAGCAGCAACAACAGCAGCAACAACAACAGUCCAGAAGGCCAAAGACUUUACAAAGAGGGGCAACGACCCCGAAUGCAAAUCCUCCUUCGUCGAAUCAUGACUUUUGCAUCAGUCCUGACGCGAAAUUACGUUGUAACAGCAGCACCUGCGAUUUCUGGCCGCACUGCUCGCAAAGAGAAACUCUAUAUUCUCCCAGUCAAGCUCCGGUAUUCAUGAAGUUGUCCCAGAGCUAUCCGGCUCAUCAGAGGCUCCCCGGGGACUCGGGCGGGCACGUGAGCCGUGGUAGCGCCAGCUCGUCCCCGGCAUCGUUAGAGCGAAUGGACGAUCGAGAGUUCCGUGAUCGCGAGAAUUCCCGGAAAAAUCGAGGUAAUCGGGAGCAAAACAACGCUGGCACGUCGAAGUAUCAAGAUAGACAGCCGAAGAGCGUGCUGAAGCAACCGAAUCGGUGGUCGCCUCUCGAGGGAUCGAACGGCAACGGUUCCAACAUCGAGAAACGGGAACACCAUCGAUUUUACCAGAAACCCGAAUACGCUAGCAGCUUCGAAGCUUGCGACAACAAGGACAGAAAAGUGUCGCCUGUCCAAGGGAAGAAUAUAGUGAACAGAUCACCCAGUGGUCACGCGGCUUCCUCGUCAACCUCGUCCUCGUCUAGCAGUGACAUUUGGGUCACCACGUCCGACAGGACGGUCACCAAAAGCCCCAGAAACGCUAAAAGUUCAGGCGCAUCUACCCCUAUGGAAGACGCGGUGAUUGGUUCCCUGAAGACGCUGAUAGAGCCACCGAAAGAUGGGAUGCUGUCCAGACCUGGAAGUGCUCCAACCAGAGGAGAGGACUCCCUGACUGCGGAUGCUUCGCUGGAUCCUCACCAACGCUCGCUGUCUCUGCCUAAGUCCUUUCUGACUCAUAACACCGAUAGCAAUAACAAAGGAGGCCCCUGGCAACGUGGUCAGAGUUCCCAAAGGUCGAGCCCUAGUCCCAGUCGACUUCACCACACGCAGGAAGCAGCCACACCUCACACGGCUCCCGUUUCCCCCCUGCACGAUCAACGCUCGAACGCGUACUCCGGCAAGGAGAGAAGACGAAUUCCUGGCCUGAGCAAAGCGCAGAGGCGUAUUAAAGCGUCAAGCACGCCGGCACUCUUGGAUCGCGAUGUGGAAAGUCGACAGUGGUCGGGCGACGAAGAGGACGAGGGGACAACAGGCCACGUAACAACCGAGCAUCCUCUGACGGAGGCGACAAUUCCGUUGGUUUCUCACUCGCGUCUUCAAGAGCAACCCUCGAACUUGAGUGGCAAUAUUGUAACCGCUUCCGGUGGCCAGAAUUCAGCACGUUCGAGCACGCAGAGCCAGCAAGAGAGCGUUCUGCAGAAAUUCAGAAAGAGCUUCUCGCUGAGGUUCCACAAGAAGGGCAGCAAAGAGAGCAACGAGAGCGAAUGUCCGGUCGAAGAUAACGAUGGAUCCGGUCCUCUAGACGAGGAGGAGGAAAGGGAACCUUCGAACGUCGCCGAACAAACGUCUCAGCAUAAAGAAGACAACAACACUGAUCAGAAAUUUCGGUUUGGUCCUCUGGUGUGGAGGAGCAGUAAGGAAAGAAAAAAGGGUAGCAAAGCUGCCAGGAAUGCGAAGUGCAACAGCGGGGAUAGUGGAAUCCAAAUAGAGAUGGUAUCUGGUGGAGCAUUGACUGGGGGCGGUGGUGGUGGAAUGAUAGGGGGUGGUGAUAGCUCCGAGUCCCACGACACGGAUGCCCAAGACGAGACAGACAGCCCUCCUGCCCUUCGUAGACGAGUCGCGGACAAAUCACGACCCCAGUCCGAGCUCAUCAACCAGAUACUGAUCGACAAAUUUAAGGCGGAUCUUCAGAGUCGAACGUCGAGGCAUCAGCAUGUACGCAGAACUAACAGCGAUUUAGGAGGUCAAAGGUUACUCCAGUGGGAUACGAGGUCUGGUUACAGCCACGUGCACAAUUACCGAAGGAUGCUCUCGACACCAUCACCCAUCAAGACGAGGCCUCCUAGGCUCAGUCCAAGGCACUCCUCCCAUGACAUCGUUACGCUAAGAAGUAACGCGAAAGGGAGGAGUUCUCGGACAAAUUUGAGGCGUUCACUUAGCCAACCACUGGGUAUCAAUCAGCUAUCACCCUUGAUGCGCACCAAAACUGCAGGCGCGAGGUUGCCCGGUGGAAACGUCCUGUCGGAGGACGAACAGGACGGAAGAGGUGGAACGUCCGACGACGAAAUGAUGUCCGAUUCAGAGUCCUCCAUCGCUUCCUUGACGGACAGAAAGAAGUCCUUCGAGCAGACGAUGGACGAAGAAGUGGUGAUACUGGCUGAAGCUGUUUGGGACCACGUGGCUAUGGAACCUGAGGAGCUAGCUUUUCGUGCCGGCGAUGUCAUCGAGGUUCUCGACAACCUAGACAAGGAUUGGUGGUGGGGUAGCUGUAGAGGAGAACAUGGAUGGUUUCCGGCUGCAUUUGUUAGGUUACGCGUAAGCCAAGAGGACACUGUCGAGGAUUGUUUGGCGGCGAUGGCUUCCGGAGGCACGUCUAACUCCCAACUGAGGAGACGCACCAGUGUUUCGCUGUUAUCGAACGAACAAGUUAGAACGAGCGUAGUUCGCGAACUGGUUCAGACUGAACGAGAUUUUGUCAAAAUAUUGACGGACGUAGCGGAAGGUUACAUAGCCGAAUGUAGACGGCAUACGGAUAUGUUCAACGAGGAGCAGAUAGAAAGGAUAUUCAUCAAUCUUGAAGAUCUGUUGGACUUCCAGUCCGAGUUCUUGAAGGAUCUGGAAUCUCGAAUCGACUGGAACGCACCGUACAAGAGUUGCGUCGGUGAAUGUUUCCUAAAUCAUAGAGCAGGAUUUCGUAUGUACUCAGAGUAUUGCAACAGUCACCCAAUGGCCACCGCCACGUUACAAGAACUGUACCAGCAUAAUCGUUACAGUAAAUUCUUCGAAGCGUGCAGGCUAAUGAGAGGACUGAUAGAAAUUCCUUUAGAUGGGUACUUGUUAACGCCUGUACAACGGAUAUGCAAAUAUCCGCUUCAAUUGGCGGAGCUUCUGAAAUACACGAAAGCUGAUCAUCCGGAUUACCACAAGAUUCAAGAAGCUCUUGAAGCGAUGCGAGGCGUUGCGGUUUUAAUCAACGAGAGGAAGAGGCGAAUGGAAAGCCUCGAGAAGCUUGCUGCUUGGCAAUUAAGAGUCGAAGGAUGGGAGGGUGAAGAUCUCAUAGAAGUUUCGUCCCAGUUGAUUUACCAGGGUGAAGCGAUUAGAGUUACCACCGGUAUGUGGACGAACAAUAUCACUCUCUUCCUGUUCGAUCAUCAGCUGGUUUAUUGUAAAAAAGAUAUUUUGAAGCGGAACACUUACGUCUACAAAGGACGUAUUUAUCUCGACACGAGCGAAGUGAUCGAUGUUCCCGAUGGAAAAGAUCAUCAAUUAGGAGUAACGGUGAGGCACUGUUUAAAAGUGUACAGUUGCGUUCGAGAUAAAUGGUUGCUCUUCUGCUGUCGCACGGCAGAAGAGAAGCGUCGAUGGUUGGCAGCAAUGGCGGAGGAACGAAGACUGGUUGUUCAAGACAGAAACGAUGGAUUGGAGUUUCCAGCUGCAGCCAAGGAGUUGGCCAGGCUUGCAGCGACGAGACAACAGAACAGACCGCCAAUCAAACCUCGCAAUAAAACGUACAAAAGAGAAGCGGCUUACGAAAUUCCUACGAUGAUCAGUCAAGGUACAACGAACUCGUUGGGACGUAAAGUUGGCACUUGGUUCACAUUUGGUAGCAGCAAAAAAAGUACUCGACUUCAGCCGUCCUGAGACAGGCCUACCUUCGUGCCAUACAUUGAUUUGUGAAAGUUUGAUGAGAACCGCUUAAUCGUUGCUUCAGAAUCGUGACUAGAACGUAUGUUACUGAAAGAAUUGUUGGAAUAGUUUGAAACAAUUUAUGCUCUAUCCUCCGACAUGAAUUCAUAUACGUUUUCGUUCACAGAAGAGUAAACGAUCUUAAGCGCUCGUCACAUGUAUGGAACGAAGGUGUUUACGUUAAUCGUUAAGUUAUCAUUAAAGGUUGUUAUCGACUCGACAGCAUCGAUACGUCCUGUUGACGAGGUAGCGAAUAGCUACGGUUUUCAUUAGUCCAAUUCUAGUACUGGUUUAAUUUAUAAAAGCACACAGUUCGAUAUAACGUGUAACCGCAUCAUUGACGAUAUUUAUUUCACUGCCUCAAAGAAAGAUUCUUCUUCAUCCAAACGCUUUGUCGUCGCAAAAAGUGACGUGGUAUUGUCACUUAGCUUUCUCUAGUAAAUGAUAAACGUUGUUUGUUACACGUAAAAGUAUAUCCGAAUGAAGUACCAUUAACUAAUUAUAAAAAUGUAAGUAAAACGAAGUAUACAUACAAGCAACGUUUAUACGAAUAUCUUAGUUGGGAAAAGAAAAGCAAAUGGGAUCUAAACGUUUUGCGAAAAGUUUCAAGGUUAAAAAAAGACACCAGCAUUAGAUAAAUAUAACUGAAGAAAUAAUUGCAUCUACUAGAGAAACGAAUGCACCUAUUAUUAGACGAACAUAAAUAUAUGUGUAAAGUUAAUAGCGAGCUUUUUGAGGUACUAAAGAGAAAGUACUAGUCACUUUUAUCACGAGAAGUCGCGUAAAGGAACAGUGAUAAGAGUUUAGCGUUAUUAAAAUACAAUUGCUUGAGUGUUGUGAGCAAUGAAUGGAUCAGCGAUGGCCAUACAAUUCUUUUUUUUUUUGUGGUAAUAAAGACUGACCGAAGAGAGUCGGUACGAGGGUAGCGCUGAGAGAAAAGAAUAAUCGAAAACCUCCUAGUUCUAGACUGAAAAGUCUUUUAACUAUACUUCUGGUUCGAUAAUCUUUUAAAUAGACUUUUAGAACGCACACUAAAGUAACAAAAUGUUGAUAGUAAACAUCACCUCAGAGAUAUCUCUCUCAGUGAAGGGAAACGCGUUUGUAGAAAAAGAAUUUCAAAGUAAAAUAAAAAAUAAAACGCGGCUACCCUUUUACUGCCUACAAGUUACACUGGAAGCAGUAAAUUGUAACGUUCACGCGAAGCGAUAAAUACUCACCAUAGUUUGUACGAAGGUUUUAAAUUUCGGUAAACUGACGUUGAAUUAUCUUUCUACGUCGGCACAAGAAGCGGCAGUAUUAAGGAUACGCAGGUAUCGUUGAAACGUGUAAAUACUCGCAUAUCAAGCCUCUUUUCUCGACUGCUAUCAGACGCAGUUUCUAAAGAAAAAUGAAAAUCAUCUGAGAUAUCUUUCAAGUUUUUUCUACUCUUGUACAGAACAAUGUAACGAGGAUAUCGCGAUGAAAGCCAGUCAGCCAGCAAAAACCUCUGUGUCUUGUACGAGCAAGAAACAGAAUGUAUAGUUUCUGCUGCGAUAUAGCGAGAUCGUACAACUUUUUGAAAGUUGAUGCGAAUAUGAAAUUUUCGCCAGAACGAGAAAGGAUUUCGUAAGGUUCAAUAUUGUGAAGUGACUCAAAUUUUCAAACUUUGAUAUUUCCAUCUUCCUAAGUUUCUAAUUUCCUGAACAUAAAAAUUCCUAAAUAUCCGAAUUUCGAAACUUCCUGAACUCCUAAAUUCUGGAUGACCCUAAAGCAGAACGUAGCAUACUUGAGCAUUUUAUCUUCUAACAAGGAUUUAAUUUACGACCCCGCUAUGUUCUGUCGGGGACUAUACACGCUGUUGUAUGUAUUAUAAUUCACCGUGUAUGAUUAAAUUAACGUUUGAAAAAAGAAUCUAUUACCCUUCGAUUGUGAAAGUUUUUCAACACUGCCAAUAUGUUUACUAAACACGUCUUCGUUCGUUUGUGUCUUUUUCAUCAUGUUCGAAGCACCGUGUAAGUUUCAAAAGUAUACGUUUAUAAAAACGAGGUGAUCGAUUAUUCUCUGUAUUCAACCGUGUGUAAUUUCGUAAAAGAUGAAUAAUGAAAUAUUAGCAAAAACGAAACAAUACACAGAAGUAUAUUUUUGCUUAUUUUCUGGCAUUGUAUUUACUAUACGACGAGGACAAUAUGAUGACAAAGCGAAGGAGCAAGAUUCCUACUGAAACUGUACAGAUAUCAUUAACCAUGGAUGUGUAGAUUAGACGCGAUACAUUUGUUGCUGGACGUAACUCAUUCAAGAGUUAUUUUUAUAGGACAACUUUUAUUUGUUCGAACGCAAUCUCGUUACAAGCAUCGUUGUGUAAGAACAAGUAUAAUGGCCAAUGUGACUAAAUGUAAGGAGAAAGCAUUUUCGUGCUUUACUGUGAAUGCUGAAACGAUAAUACCGCCGUAUUGCACAACUCAUACAUAACUUUUCAUCCAUUCGAUUCCAUUUACACGAAUAAAGGAAUAAAACUUCUGCGAAUUGCCAGAGUAAUAUUACAAGAACCCACAUACUAAAAGAUACACCGUAAUAAUUUAUUCUUUGCCUUGACCAUACUUUACAUAUCCGAACGAAGAUGAUACACAAUGAAGUUUAACGAAUAGCGUAAUUAAUAGUGUGGUAUUCUUUCUAAGGAUUGUAUGUAGAUAACGAUUACAAGUUCACUAAUUUGUGUUAUUACUCUGGCAAUAUUGAAACGAAUUCUGCACAAACGUCAAAAUAAUGUGCUUCGAAGCAAUAAUAUUAUUAGGCGUUACUGUAAUAACAGUUUAGGCUGUUGCAUAUAUAUGUAAACGCAUAUAUUUUCCCUGAUAUUUAAUACUACUGGCUGUGAGUGUAUAUCGAUAUUAUGUAACGAUAAAUUAUUGAUAUACACCCAUGUCCUGUAUUGCAAUGAAUUUAAUGAACGAUGAACUAAAAAGGAGAAACUGAUACAACAAUGUAUUGGUUUGUUUCAUGUAAAUAACUAGGUAUUGUACUUUGUAAAUGUAAAUACUGUAGAACUCUUCAUUAGCAACAACUUCAACACACUCUAGGCAAUAAGGAAUUUAAAACUGAAUGACAUAUAACUUUUGGAUAAAGAUUAAUUAUUGAUUGAAUAGCACAAUGUUUUGUAUAUUUGUAUAUCUAAUUUAAUGAUUUACGAAUAAAUUACUCUUUGCUCGAUUGUUCACGUUAUAAA